AUGACGAUGGAAGAGCCUCCCCAAAAUUCUCCGGGUGAGGGACUGGAGCCGCUCAACAUCGACUCUCAACCUCCCCCGUCGGUUUCAGGAACUGCCUCAAGCCAACAAGCCCCCUCGACACAAUUCCGACGAAUAGAUGCCCAAGCGAAAUCUAGAGCGUCGACCCCAAAUGGGAAAAUCGCCAUUCCCCGCAAUCGAGGUGGUUUUGCCCCGCGCUUUAACCGUCGAGUCCCACGCGCCUGCGAAAGCUGUCGCGCUCGGAAAACUAAAUGUAGCGGAGAUACACCGGUGUGUAGACAGUGCCGUGAACUGCGCGUGUCUUGCAACUAUCCCAUUGGGUUCAGAGAGAAGACGAAGCGACAGGUGGAUAAGCUGACGGAUAAGGCGCAAGAUUACGAGAAUCUCCUGAAGGAGUUGGGGGGUAUGGUUGAGGCUCGUGCCGGGGAGAAGAUCAGGAGUUUGUUGGCCAGACAUGAGAAUGAUGGGGAAUACUCGUCCAAUAGCGCCCCGUCUCAUUCCGCCACCCCGCAAGACGAAGUCAUUGAACCGGAUGACAUAACUUCACCCUCGUCAAUUGGUUCGUUGGAGGCGAUCGACAGGGUGGAAGAAGACUUGAAUCGAGACGAAAAAUCCAGGGCAACGGGUUUCAUGGGUAAAAACUCAGAAGUGACUUGGAUGCAGCGACUGCAGAGAGAGGCAGAACAUCGCUCUCGAGGGUUGCCUGGAUCCUUGGAACCAGGUCAGAGUAAGCGGCAAGAUGACGACCUCGCUCUUAAUGCUGUCAACUAUCAUCUGGAUGAUCUCGAAAUUUCUGUGACUGAACCAGUAGAUGUCUAUGCCCUCCCACUUCGCUUUAUGGCCGAUAAACUCUUCGAGAGUUAUCUCAAGACUGUGCACCCUUUCUUCCCCAUCAUUAACCGAUCUCUCUUCUCCGCUCAGUACCGAACAUUCUUUGAGAGCACCGCACGACCUGGAGAUAGAUGGCUGGCUAUAUUGAAUAUGGUCUUUGCGAUUGGGGCCAAACAUGCCCAUCUGACUGAAGCCCCUUGGGCUGGAGAUGAAAAGGACCAUUUAACGUAUCUGACUCGAGCAAGGAUUCUCAGCAUGAGUGGCAACGACUUGUUCAACCACCCUGAUCUGCAACAAGUUCAAGUAGAAGGUUUGAUCUCCUUCUAUUUGCUGUCCACAGAUCAGAUUAACCGGGCGUGGAGAAUUUCGGCUUUGGCUGUGCGAUCCGCCAUCACACUAGGAAUCAACAUGAAGAGUGCUAGUCCCUCAACCCCGAAUAUCGCUAAAGAAGCCCGCUAUCGAGUUUGGUGGUGCCUCUAUACAUUUGAGCAUCUGCUGGGUAUCAUGACUGGCAGAGCCACUUGUAUCAUGGAUGGAAUAUGCACCACACCUCUGCCACUUCCAUUUGAAGAAGAGCAGUUGUCCUCGCCGAUUGCUGCUGAAGUUAUCAAUAAUACAGUGCUUCGAGACGACCGUAUCAACAUGGUCAUGGCGAGCGUCUGGGUUCGCCAUAUGCCACUCAACCCUAGUGGUGGUAAACAUGCCACUCAUCCGGAACGUGCUCGUGAUAACUCUUGGGUGAGAAGUUUACCGAUCAAUUCUGGUCUCACUCACCUGUACUACUGUGAUUUGGCGGUCAUCGCUCAAGAGAUCGUGAACAAAGUCUACUCAGUAGACUGUGUCAUAGUACCAUGGACUCAUAUCGAGAACCGAAUGGCGGAACUAAGAUCCCGAAUCGACCUAUGGUUCACAGGUCUCCCAACCGGCCUAGACUUCACCCGCAAGGAAGACGACGGCCCGGACCGACUACGAGGCAAACUAGUCCUCGCAUUCCACUACUACAGCUCACGAAUCACCCUCGGCCGCCCUUGUCUCUGCCGUCGAGAUGCGAGGCAAAAGAACCCGGCAGACAAAUCCUCCUUCAGCCACGACAUGGCUGUACUAACCCUCGAGUCAGCAAAUCGCAUGCUAGACCUAAUCCCUGACGAGCCAAACGCCACCCAGCUCUACGAGAUUGCACCCUGGUGGUGCAUCCUGCACUAUCUAAUGCAAGCAGCGACAGUUCUUCUUCUUGAACUAGCCUUCGGCUGCGUCCACAUGCCAGACGACGAGCAGAAUUUUAUCCUCCUAUCCAAAAAGUCUAUCAGGUGGCUUUUCGCCAUGUCAGAAUACAGCGUCGCCUCUAGACGCGCAUGGCAGCUUUGCGACAUCAGCUUGCGCCGUCUAGCAAUCGGCAUGAAAUUCGAUGUUUCCGACGUCCCGUCAUAUUCCUACCAGUCUGCACCAACAUCAACCAUCUCGACCGAAGACGCUCAGGAUAAUGACCCGAUUGGAACUGCAAAUAUCAGGAUGGAUGAUAGUAAUGGUCCUUGGGGUCCUUACAUUGAUGACUUGUCUCUGAACCCGCAGGAUGUGCCCGUUGCCGACCAGUUCAACCCUAUGAGUAACUUGAAUUUCCCUUCUAUGGAUAUGAACUCGAUGUUGGCUGGAACCCAGUUGUCGGAGGACAUGUAUUUCCCUUAUGAUCCUAUCAGUGGCGAGUUUAUUCGAUCUUUUUUCCCGAAUUUCGGCGAUGAGGAACAGUGA